UCAAUAAAGAGGCGUCCUAAUGCUGUGAGGCGGUGGUAGAAUUCUGUCCGGUGUGGGAUGAUUAAAUUGAACGGGAUGAAAUUCCUAGCGGGUCCGAGGUGUCUCUCUAAAUGCAUUUCUAAUGCUAUUACCAGAAAACACUUUCCAGGUAUGGUGGAAGAAGCCAGCUGAUUUCCGAGUUAUCAAAAUCAGUCAUUAGGUCUUUCAACCAGACAACGACGUUAUGGAUUUGUUAGAUUCUGGAGGUUUAUGUGCUGGUCAGUUGCUGAGGUCGUGCUCCACAACUUCAAAAAACACAAAAGUACAUGAUGAUGGCAGGCUGAUGCUAAAGCAUCUAAUUGCAAAAAUAAAGUCAACAGGCCCAAUCUCUGUUGCAGAAUACAUGAGAGAAGUUUUAACGAAUCCUGUCGCAGGUUAUUAUUACCACAGAGAAGCUGUAGGAGCACAAGGAGAUUUUAUUACAUCACCUGAGAUUAGUCAGGUUUUUGGAGAACUACUUGGAAUUUGGUGCGUGAGUGAGUGGAUGGCUGCUGGUAAACCUAAGGCAUUUCAUCUGGUAGAACUUGGGCCUGGCAGGGGUACUUUAGUAAGUGAUGUUCUAAGGGUCUUCAGCCAACUCAGUUCGGUGUUGAGGACAUGCGAGAUUUCCAUACACUUGGUUGAAGUGAGUCCAAAGCUCAGUGAAACUCAAGCACAGAUUUUAACUGAAGGGGAGCACAGCUUAUUACAUGAUCCCAGUGCUGAAGUUUAUAAGGCAGGAGUUACCAAGACAGGGCUUCCAAUUGCCUGGUACAAGGAUUUACAGGAUGUACCAAAAGGUUUUGGCUUUUAUCUUGCACAUGAAUUCUUUGAUGUGCUUCCAAUCCACAAGUUUCAGAAAACCAAGCAGGGAUGGCGUGAAAUACUGAUUGACAUUGAACCACAUUCACCAGAAAAGCUUCGGUUUGUCCUGGCACCCUCUGCCACUUUUGCUUCAAAAACGUUAAUUCAGAUGGAUGAUAAACGAAACCACCUGGAGAUCUGCCCUGAGGCUGGUGUCAUCAUCCAUAGCCUAGCUAGUCGAAUUGUUGAAGAUGGUGGAGCAGCACUAAUAGCUGACUAUGGCCAUAACGGAACAAAGACAGACACAUUUAGAGCUUUUCGUGGACAUCAGCUGCAUGAGGUGCUCACAGCACCUGGAAUGGCAGACCUGACAGCAGAUGUAGAUUUCAGCUUCCUUCGGCAAAUGACAAGGGGCAAAGUGGCCACCUUAGGACCGGUUACACAGCAGGAAUUUCUAAAAAAUAUGGGCAUUGGUGUAAGACUUCAGGUACUGCUGAAAAAUGCAUCUGACCCAACCACACACAAACACCUAACUGAAUCCUAUGAUAUGUUAAUGAAUCCAGAGAAAAUGGGAAAACGAUUUAAGUUUUUCGCUUUGGUGCCUCAUAGUAGAGUACUCAGUCAAGUUAACAAGCUUGUGAAACGUGACCAAACAGCAUCACCUGUAGCAGGAUUCAGUGAACUGCAGUUUUAAAGGAGCACCAGGAAUAACUCCUCAAACAUGAUUUUCACUGGCACUGGUGAAACUAUCUCUGAGAUGUACAUACAUAUCUGGUCUCUACCUUUGCGGCAGCAAUGUGAUACAUUAGAAUUGGUGACAAGAAGAGGUUAAUGGACUCUGCACGUGCUUGGAGGCUGGAGUGAGAGGCUUAAGGACUGGCAAUUGCUGUGUCCUUUUUGCUGAGCUUGUCCACAAUAAAAGUAUUUGCUGAGUAGCACCUUAACUUUUUUUAAAACAAAUUUAUUGUUUUUCAUCGAGUUCUUUAAUUCAUUUUCAUUUCCCUAAAAGAUUCCUGUUGUAGGGCAAUAGUAAAGUUGGUCAAAAGUGCCUAUCAGAUUAAAAGCAAACUGCUGAUAUGUAAUCCUACUGAUUUUAAUAGGCCGUCCUUUUCUAUUUAAAGAAAAAUUACUUUUGAAUAAAAUUACAGGUUUUGUCAGUCUGCA